AUGCCUCCCAGCUCCGGCAAUGCAGCAGAUAUGUCCGCUCUCGUGGAUGCAAUGACUCUCAGUGUCCCUGGACCUGGUGGGCAGGGUCUAGUCGCCCACAGACCCGGCUCGAUGUCGGUUAGUUUUGCAAACAAGUCCUAUUUUUGCCACUCCUUAACACAUGCAUUGGUGAGUGCGGUUAAGAGCGCACAUGCAUUGGCCCUCUGUAAUCCAUCUGACGUACUACUGAUUACUUUGGCUGUCUAA